CAUGGCGGUGACUCAAGAGGGUUAAGGGCAUACAAACGAGAGAGAGAGAGAAUGGCAGGUGGUUCGUCGGACCACGUGGUUCUGUUCCCAUACAUGUCGAAAGGUCACACCAUCCCUCUUCUCCAGUUCGGCCGUCUCCUCCUCCGUCACGGACGUUCCAGAGACAAACCCAUCACGGUCACCGUCUUCACCACACCGAAGAACGAACCCUUCGUAUCAAAAUCCCUUUCCGACACACCCGACGCCAACAUCAUCUCCCUCCCUUUCCCCGAAAACAUCCCCGGAAUCCCUCCCGGCGUCGAGAGCACCGACAAACUCCCUUCCAUGUCCCUCUUCGUCCCCUUCACUCGCGCCACCAAACUUCUCCAACCCUUCUUCGAACACUCUCUCCUCAAUCUCCCUCGUGUUUCCUUCAUCGUCUCCGAUGGGUUUCUCUGGUGGAUUUCGGAUUCUGCUUCCAAGUUCGACAUUCCCAGAUUGGCCUUCUACGGCAUGAACUGUUACUCCGGGGCUGUGUCCAUCUCCGUCAGGUUAAACGAGCUCUUUUCCCAGCCCCAACCGGUCGAACCGGUUGCCGUACCGGACUUUCCUUGGAUCCGGGUUAGAAAGUCGGAUUUGGAUCCGGUUUUCACCGACCCAAGUCCCUCGGGUCCGUUAUUCGAGCUCGUGAUGGAGCAGAUCAAGUCGACGAGCACGAGCCAAGGCGUUAUCACAAACACCUUCUACGAGCUCGAGCCCGUUUUCGUUGACUACCGUCAGCGCAUGGGUGGGCCCAAGGCCUGGUGUGUUGGCCCAUUUUGUUUAUCCGAGCCGCCAAUGAAACCGGAUAACGACCAUACCGGUGAUAAACCGGCAUGGAUCCGUUGGUUGGACCGGAGUCUAGAGGAGGGACGUCCGGUUCUUUACGUGGCCUUCGGGACACAAGCCGAGAUCUCUGACGACCAAUUCAAGGAAAUUGCGUUGGGAUUGGAGCACUCCGAGGUGAACUUUCUGUGGGUGACGAGGAGAGACAUGGGAGAGGUAGAAGAAGGGUUGGAAGAGAGAGUGAGAGGGAUGGUAGUGAGAGAAUGGGUGGACCAGAGGGAGAUACUGCGGCACGACAGCGUUCGAGGCUUCUUAUCCCAUUGCGGAUGGAACUCCGCUCUGGAAACUAUAUGCGCGGCCGUCCCCGUCAUUGCAUGGCCGAUGAUGGCCGAGCAGCCCCUUAACGCCAAGAUGCUCGUGGAAGAGCUGAAGAUCGGAGUGAGGGUUGAAACCGAAGACGGGUCGGUUAAAGGGUUCGUGGGGAGGGAGGAAUUGAGUAAAAAGGUGAAAGAGUUGAUGGAGGGGGAGAAGGGAAGGAUGGCGAGAGAGAAGGUGAAGGAAUAUGCUGAAAUGGCCAAAAAGUCUAUGGAAGAAGGGAGUGGUUCGUCUUGGAAGAACUUGGAUUUGCUUCUUCAUGAGCUCUGUGGAUGUUCAUGAACUAGAAAGUGGAAGACCCAAUUAAACCGGUUUAAGUAAAUUAAAUUAAAAAAACCAUGUUUUUGUAUUGCAAGUUCAGUUAGUUGGAGGAAUAUUCAAUAAUGGAAUGUGAUGUGAAAUGUCUGUGACUAAAACUGGUUGUAAUUAUUUAAAAUAAUAUUCAUAUUGGACGA